GAAGAAUAGCGAAGAUGGCGGCGGUUUCAGGGGUAUCUCUGCAGGGCAGUAGUCCAGCAAGAGAACUUUCUCACUCGGUUCAGUCUGCAGGGGCCCCGUUGCUUGGAGAUCGGGGAAAGGGUGAAGAAGGAACAGAAGCAGAGAAGCAGGGUCGUGUGAAUGCGCUCCUGGAGAGGCUCCAUGCGAAGCACAACGCUUCACGAACAUGGCAGGAGACCAGCAAGGUGGUGCGCCAGGCAAUGGAGAAACGUGGUGUGAUGAAUGCUGCAGGACACCAGCUCCUUCUUACCUGCCUGGAGACACUGCAGAAAGCACUGAAAGUGUCCUCUCUGCCCUCUAUGACCGAUCGCCUGGAGUCCAUCGCCCGGCAAAACAUGCUGGGCUCCCACCUCAGUCCCUCAGGGACCGAGUGUUACAUCACCUCAGACAUGUUCUAUGUGGAGGUGCAGCUGGACACGGCUGGUCAGCUGGUGGACGUCAAGGUGGCCCAUCACGGGGAGAACCCUGCGAGCUGUCCAGAGCUGAUUCAGCACCUCAGGGAAAAUAACUUUGAAGAAUUUUCUAAACACCUCAAAGGUCUUGUCAACCUGUACAAGCUUCCAGGAGAUAAUAAACUGAAAACCAAAAUGUACCUGGCCCUGCAGUCUCUGGAGCUGGAUCUGACCAAGAUGAUGCACAUGUUCAGGUUAGCCACAAACGCAAACACUGUGGAGACCAUCAUCCAUGGUAGCGUGGGCCUGCUAACGGCCAGGAGCGGCGGCCAUCUUGUUUCUCUGCAGUGCUACGUGUCUCCCUAUGACGUGUUCGAGGAGGGAACCGGAACACAGCUCAACUUCACAGAUACAAACGUGCCUCGUUCUUUGGGCGUCAGUGUCUCCGUAACAGUCGAAGGAACUUCCUCUGUCUACAAGCUACCCAUUGCGCCCCUCAUCACUGGAUCUCACCCAGUUGACAACAAGGGAACCCCAUCUUUCUCCUCAGUCACCAACUCCAACUGUGUGGACCUACCUGCCUGCUUCUUCCUGAAGAUGAACCAGCCCAUGCCCUUCUCCCUGUCCUUUAUCCAGAGAAUGGGCAAUGCUACAGGGAUCCCUGUGUUUGAGGCUCCCCCCACGCUGGCCAACCUCUACGAACUCAUCAUCCAGAGCCACCUGCAGGAGGAGGGAAGCCCUCCACCCACGCACCACAUGCGCUUCUAUGCCUCGCUACCCGACCAGCAGCACUGCUACUUCCUGAACGGUGACGCCCCGGUGCAGGACGGGCGCUCCCUGCAGGGGGCGCUGGUCUCCAAGAUCCCCUUCCGCCACCCAGCCCAGGUGCCGGCCCUGCUGGACGUCAUCCGCCACCAGGCAGCCUACAACACGCUGAUCGGCAGUUGCGUCAAACGCACCUUCAUCAAGGAGGAAACCCCAGGUAUACUCCAGUUCGAGGUGUGUCCCCUGACAGACUCCAGCUUCAGCGUGUCCUUCCAGCACCCUGUCAACGAGUCUCUCGUCUGUGUGGUGAUGGAGGUGAUAGACUCCAGGCAGGUGUCCUGCAAGCUCUACAAGGGCCUAUCAGACGCCUUGAUCUGCACCGACGAUUUCAUCACCAAAGUGGUUCAGAGGUGCAUGUCCAUCCCAGUGACCAUGCGGGCCAUCCGGAGGAAGGCCGAGACCAUCCAGGCGGACACGCCAGCCCUCUCGCUCAUAGCCGAGACGGUGGAGAUCAUGGUGAAGAAGAACCUGCCCCCUGCUGGCAGCCCCGGCUACAGCAUGGCCACAGGCGCAGAUGGAAGCAAUCCCAUGGGGCUCCCUGGGAUGAGCGGAGGCAACACGCCAACCGGCGGCAACAGCGACGGCCCUGGUGGCGCCUUCCCUGGGCCAAUCAGUUCGCUGUAUGGGAUGGGUCGCAGUCAAGGGCAAGGCGGAGAGUGCAUGCCUCAGGGUGGGGCAGCCAAUCAGCAACAGCUGCAACAGCAGCAGCAGCAGCAGCAACAACAGCAACAGCAGCAGCAAGGUCCCUCAGACGAUUUCAGCAAAGUGACACAGAAUCCCAUACUGACGAGCUUGUUGCAGAUCACAGGCAGCGUAGGUUCAAGUCCCGGCCCUCAGAAUGCCUCGUCCGGCUCCCAGCCUCCCCAAACCCCGCCCCCGACAUCAUCACCAGCCAGCAACACCAAGAACCAUCCCAUGUUGAUGAACCUGCUGAAAGAUAACCCCGCCCAAGAUUUUGCAGCACUGUAUGGGUCCAGCCCCCUGGAGAGGCAGAAUUCGUCGUCGGGUUCGCCUCGCACGGACGGCAUGGGGGGCGGCGCCUGCCCCGGGGGUGGCACCAAGGUCAAGAAGAAGCGCCCGCGGGGGACGGAGAAGGGUGGGGUUGUGUCUGGGGGCGGAGGUGGUGGUGGUGGUGGUGGGGGUAUGGGUGGGAAGCAGCAGCAGUCGUCCAUGCAGCACCAUCACCAGCACCCGUCCAGCCACGUGGACGACUUCCACCGCGAGCUUUUCUCCAUGGACGUGGACACCUCCCAGAACCCCAUCUUUGACGUCAACCUGCCGGGCGAUGGCCUGGAUACGCCCCACAACAUCACCCCGGCGCCCAGCCAGUGUGGGACCCCGCCCUCUGGGCCCGGGGUGUCCUAUCACGCGCAGUCGCACGUCCAGUCCCAGCAACAGGCGCCGCAACCUCCUCGCAUGCGGGACGUCCGCCUGUCCAGCUCGGACAGCAUCGGGGCCGACAUCACGGAGAUCCUGUCGGAUCUGCCCGAGCAGACGGGCAAGGGCGGCGGGGGCGGAGGGCACGGGCAGCACCAUAUGGGCGGCGGCGGCGACGAAGGGGGCGCCCUCGGCACGCCCAUCCGCGACUCCUCAAGCUCGGGCCAGGGCAGCGCCGUGUUUGAGGCGGACAUCUUCAACGCCAACAGCAACGAGAACCCCUUCACGGACGCCGCCGACCUCAUCGCUGAGGCGGCGGCCACGGCCGCCACGCCCAACAGCGACACAUCGUCCACCAAUUUCUUCCCCGACGCGGCGGACUUCAACCCCGAGCUGCUGGCGUCCGGACACGGCUUCCCGCAGGCUUACUUUGAGGACAGCUCCCCGAGCGCCGACGGAGACCUGGACCUCGUCAAAGGCUUCGGCGGGAGCAGCCAGCAGAACACGCCCUCGGGCACCCCCCGGAACCCCACCCCCCACGGCCAGAGCACCCCCGACCCGUCGCUCAAAGACCCUUUCGACAUGGUGUUCGGCGGGAGCGGCGGAGGGGGCAAGCCUCUGCUCGGUCAGGCCCCGGAUCUGGGGGAUGCCCACUCCUCGCUGACGGGGGACCGGCAGAGCCCCCUCAUGAUGGGCAUGGGGGGGGCCGGAAGUGACUUCAAGAGCGGCGAGACGAAAGCCAAGCAACAGCAGCAGCAACAGCAGGGGAUGAUGAGGGCCAAGGAUGACAUCGGUAUCGGCAGUGGAAGCAGCGCGGGGCUGGGGAUGAUGAGCGGAGGACUGUCCUCUGAGGGGAAGCAGGUCAAGCGAAGCCGCACCCCCUCCAGCGAAGGCAAAUCCAAAGAGGGGAAGCCCCCCAAACGCAAGAAGCUCGACCCGGACGGGAAGUCCCCUUCUCACAGCUCAGGGGGCCGGCCUUACACCCCUCCCAGCGUGGGCUCGGGGUCCGGGGGUAGCAUGGGCGGAGGGGGGUCCAAGUCCCCCGGUAGCUCGGGGCGCUCCCAGACCCCACCUGGAGGCGCCACCCCACCCAUCCCCAAAAUUACCAUCCAGAUCCCCAAAGGGACCAUAACCGGGGGGAAGACGUUGUCCCACGGGGGGUACACCUCCAGCAGCUCUGCGGGCGGCGGAGCCGGAAGCACGGGAGGCAUGGGCGGAAGCAAGAGCCACCACUCCCACUCUUCCUCCUCCUCUGGGAAGAUGAAGAGCAAGGAGGGCUCCAUGGGCCACAGUGGCAGCUCCAAGCCUGGGAGUGUGGGAGGCGGUGGAGGGGUUGGAGGUGGACUCUCGCAGUCCAAAAGUUCGUCUCAGGGAAUGGGUGUUGGCAAGCCGGGCUCCUCCCCCAUCACCAAACAUGGCCUCUCUGGGUCAGGAAGCGGUGGAGGUGCCGUGGGAAGUGGGAACAAGAUCAAGCCCCAGGGGGGCAAGCCCCCCGGGUCCCUCAUGAAUCCCAGCAUCAAGCCCAACAUCUCGCCCUCGCAUUCUCGCUCCGGGGGCUCUGACAAGCUGUCCUCCCCCAUGAAGAUGCAGCAGUCGCAGGUCCCAGGGACGCCGCCCUCUUCCAAGGCCAAAUCCCCGAUGGGCUCCGGGGGCGGCGGGUCAGGGGGGUCCAAGUCCUCUUCCUCCGGAGGAGGAGGAGGUGGAAUGGGCUCCCAGAAACCCAUGGGGGGUGGCUCCUCCUCUGGCUCCUCCUCUUCCACGUCCUCGUCAAGCUCGUCCUCUGGCAACAUGGCCUUUUCAGGAGGCUCCCAGUCUCAGUAUAGUGGUGGUGGUGGAGGAGGAGGGGGUGGGGGAGGGAGUGGAGGAGGAGGAGGAGGAGGAGGAGGAGGGGGGGGUGGUGGUGGUGGAGGUGGACAAAACAAUGCAAACAACCCCAAUGCCAAGGGCAAGUCUCCCAGUCGCAACAAGAAACCCUCCCUGAUCGCCGUCAUAGACAAGCUCAAGAGUGUGGGCAGUGGCACCGGGGGCUCAGAGGAUGGUUGUGAAGGCGGCCCCCCCGUCACCGGGGGGGGUGGCGGGGGUGGUGCUCCGCCCCCGGGCGGGGCGGGGGGCGGGCCUCCAAACCUCGGCCCCUCCUCGAAGCAUGUCAUGUCGUCGCAAAGCGGGGACUAUCUAAGCAAACGGGACAAGAUGGACAAAGACGGCAAGGCCAAGGUGUCUGUUUCGGGGGGCAACAGCGGGGAGAAGAAGAUGAUUGACCCCAAGACGGGAGCCGUGUGCAGCACGGGCGUGGCCAAGAUCAUUAUCAGCAAACCGGACAGCGCCUCCCCGAGCAUCAAGGCCAAGGUGACGCUCCAGAAACCUGGGGAAGGUUCCGGCUGCGAGUCGAUGCGCCCCCAGCACUCGGGCCUCAAAGCGUCGCCGCUGUUCAGCGGCUCCACUCCCAAGCACGACCGCUCGUCUCCCAGCCACAGCCGCUCCCCGGGGUACAUGCCGCUCAACCACGACAGCGAGAGCGAGUCGGGGAGCAGCUCUGUGGCGGAGAAGUCCCACCAGAACAGCCCAAGCUCAGAUGACGACCAGAGCAUGCGGCCCCUCCCUCAGCAGGACUACAUGAGCUCUGUGCCCCUCAGCUCCGGGGAAAGACACAAGAAGCAUAAGAAGGAGAAGAAGAAACAGAAGGAAAGGGAACGAGAGAGAGACAGAGAGAGGGAAAGGGAGAGAGAGAGGGAGAAGGAGAAGAAGAAAUCUUCCAUGUCUAUGGGCCCUACGUCGCAUCCAAUGAAAGCCGACAGUUGGUCGAGGUCUCCCAUCUCGGCUUCUGAUUCGUCGAUGUCCAUGAUGGGGUCGGACCGCCCCUUGAGACCCAGUCCGGUCUACAUGCGAAAUGAAGACGACGACCUCAUGGACUCUGCCCUCACGGGCAACCUUUAACCUUCGAAGUAGACACGUUUUUAAGCGUCUCACCAACAAAGAAUCUCUCGUUAUGCAUGCGAUAUCUGCCCCGGUUAAGACUUAGAAGUUGCCUGAAGUUAAAAGGAUGGAGGAUGCAGGUACCAAAUGACUGUGUUCAAAAUUCAAACAUUGGUCGAUUUUUAAAGCAGAAUAUUUUUUUAAGUUAGUUUCCAUGCAUUACUGAUACACAAGUUGGUCGUACACUGUGGGUGCUCUAGCACAUGAUCGGAAUCCAAUUUGUUCACCCUUUGACAUCAAGUUUUGCCUCCAAAUGUUUCAAUAACAUCAAUAUGUGGCAUUUUAUUUCAUCCGCUGUUUGAUAUCAGACUCUCCCCCCCCCCCCCCCCCCCCCUUUCUCUUAUGAUCUUAAUGAUAUUUUAAGUCAGAGUUUAAGUUUUAAGGUAAAGAUGAUCAGGCAUACUUUUGAGUUUGCAAAUCAUUUCUCCUGGGUGGGAGGGGUAUUUACCAGUGGUUUUAUAAAGAACUAUGACAUUUGUUUUAUGAAGUAUUAUCAAAGGUUUCUAACAUCUUAUUGUACAGUUUAAAAUGCCUUGAUUUUGUGCCAUGUGAUGGGGGAUCAUAGGUUUUGAUACCACUGAACAUGUUUACGGGGCAGGUUUGUGUAGAUAUCAGUGCUUUUAUGCUAUAUAAGUACAUAAACCCAUGUGCUUAUUUUUUGCAUAGAAAAUGUAUGAAUAUAAAAUAUUUCCAUGCCAAGUUUUUGUUUUGAUCAUUUAUUUUAUUUAACUCAUGUUGGCUUGUGUGCUAAUGAUAUUUAAAGCAGGUGUCAUAGCCACGAGGUGGCUGAUUUCUGAUUGCUUACAAAAACUAAAUUUGGAAUUAGUUCAUCAGCAACUGGCCUGAGUGUUUCAUUCAAGGCCAAAUCAACAGUUCUAACAAAAAAGAAACAUCUCUUAAUCCGGUGAUCAGGAUCUAAUCAGAGCGUUGGCCUGCCAUCUCCAUAGAUCAGGGCCAAAUCAAGAGACAUGUUGUUCCAUAAACAGCACUGUA